AUGGCUUCAGCUUCAAUUGCUGCCUCUGCCUCAUCACCUGCACCUGCACCCUCAACUCCCUCACCACCCAGCCGAGUCCACACCCCCGCAACACCCAAGCACGGUUACAGCGACCCUUGGGAACCCUACUCGCCGCGCAAAUCUGCACGCAUCUCUUCCCAGCAACUGAACAAGCGCACUCCGUCGCCGCACUCUUCCUCCCGUCAACCACCCACCCGCACCCCGAGAAAAUCUGGAACCCUCCUCUCGACUCCAACUGCCUCACCUCAGAAGAAGCGCAUGCCCGCCAUGGACUCCGUUCGUCGCGCAUCUGGCGCCCUGACUGCCGAAGGCACCUCCAAUGCUGCCGACCAUCUCGGCAUCAGUCCCAAGCCCAAGUCGCAUCAAAAGUCCCAGGCCUCCUCCGCGUCUCAGAACACCGGCAUGCUCCCCACCCCCGCCAAGACCCCCAAGAAGCAACCCAACGCGAAGACUGAAGCUGCCACUCGCGCAAUUGCGCGUAACCUGUUCGCAAAUGGGGACGACUCCGCUGCGACUCCGCGAAAGAAGAAGGCUGCUAAGAAGCACAGUGGACUCGGGCUGGGCAGCUUCGCUGCCGAGGAAAUGGUCGAGGACAUCCCGAUAUUCACCGAUUCGCGCGACCGCGUUCCCGAGCGAGACAACACCGCCGAGAACCCCUUCUAUGUCACCGGCCCCGCGUCUACCACUGAGGGGCCUCCCAGAAGACGAAGCAAGCGCACGCAGGUGACCAUCCCCGGCAAAGGCAAGCAGACUAUCGAGGAGGCCACACGCCACCACGAGGAGGGAAUGGUCGUUAUUUUUCGUGGAAAGCCUCUUUGGCGCCCAUUCGCCGACGCUGAUGAAGAUGACGAGGUCGACGUGAACGGCGCAGACCAGACCAUACGACAAGGUCCUAUAGCUCGCUCGGCCAUCAAACCCCGCUUGCUCUUCGCUGCUGAAAAGAAGGGCAAGGGAGUUGCUCACAACAUCGAAGAUGAAGAAGCUCCUACCGACAUUGAAGAUCAUCAACUCCUUGCUGAAGAUGCUGAAGUUGCUUACCCCGACGCUCCCGAGACGCCCCUAGAGAUGGUUGACGAGAAGCCGGAUACUCCCGAGGCACCUCGAUUUGCCCCUGCUUCACCCCCCACCACCGCGCGCGCCAGUCGAACUGGAACCAAGCGUUAUCACGCGGACGGCACGCCGAUGAAGAAAUCAAGCAAGCCUCGUAGCCCCUUCGAUGACUGGCGUCGCUCCAAGAGUCGCGGAGAGCCCCACGGUCAGAAGCGAGAGGGCGAGGCGCUUGCAAAGUCCGAUGCGCCUUCGAAGCGUCAACGUGCCUAG